AUUUUGUGGGGCGCCGUCAUUUCCUAGCGGGGCAGGCGCAUGGGUGGUGCGUUGGCCUGUGUGUUUCCGAGCUGCGGUAAAUUUGAAGCGUGCUGUUUGCGCUGCACCGAUGGAGAACGCGACAGCGAGCGACGACGCGCUUUCUGCUGCGCAGCUCGAGCUCGGGGGCAAUGUUCUGGUCAGACGACCGUUUGAUCCGUUGGCACAUGAGUUGGAUGCAAACUUCCGGCUCACGCGUUUCGCUGAUCUGAAAGGAUGAGGGUGUAAGGUCCCUCAAGAGAUUCUUCUGAAACUCUUGGAGGGACUUCAGGAUGACGCGAGUGCCCAGGAUCAGGAACAUGCCCAUUUUAUGCACCUUCAAAUACCAAGAGUUGGUAUAGGAAUGGAUGCGUCAAUUACCCCGCUGAGGCAUGGAGGGCUGUCGCUGGUUCAAACAACAGAUUUCUUCUACCCACUAGUGGAAGAUCCAUAUAUGAUGGGCAAGAUUGCCUGCUCCAAUGUGCUUUCGGACAUGUACGCCAUGGGCGUGACAGACUGUGACAACAUGCUGAUGUUGCUGGGCAUCUCAACCAAGCUGACUGAGAAGGAGCGUGAUGUCGUCAUCCCUUUGAUGAUGCGUGGUUUCAAGGAUGCGGCGGCGGAUGCGGGCACCUCGGUGACCGGCGGCCAGUCGGUGAUGAACCCCUGGGUGACCAUCGGUGGCGUGGCUACCACCGUCUGCCAGCCCAACGAGUUCAUCCUGCCGGAUGCGGCUGUCAUGGGCGACGUGCUGGUGCUCACCAAGCCGCUCGGAACACAGGUGGCCGUCAACGCCCAUCAGUGGCUGGACCAGCCAGAACGCUGGAACCGCGUCAAGCUGGUGGUCACCGAGGACGACGUCAAGAAGGCGUAUGCGCGCGCCAUGGACUCGAUGGCGCGUCUCAACCGCAUCACAGCCAGGCUGAUGCACAAGUACAACGCGCACGGCGCCACAGACGUGACGGGCUUCGGCCUGCUGGGCCACGCCCAGAACCUGGCGCGCAAUCAGAAGAACGCGGUGUCCUUCGUCAUCCACAACCUGCCUGUCAUCGCCAAGAUGGGUGCCGUGGCCAAGGCGUGCGGCAACAUGUUCCAGCUGCUGCAGGGCAACUCGGCGGAGACCUCCGGCGGCCUGCUGAUCUGUCUGCCCCGGGAGCAGGCGGCCGCCUACUGCAAGGACAUCGAGAAGACCGAAGGCUACCAGGCCUGGAUCAUAGGCAUCGUGGAGAAGGGCAACCGUACGGCGCGCAUCAUCGACAAGCCGCGGCUGAUCGAGGUGCCGGCGAAGGAGAAGGACGGCGAGCUGUGGUGAGCGACCGACCGGGGAGGGCGCCCGGUCGCGCCGCCGCCCCCGGCCUCUAUGAGCGUCGCGUGGGCAAACCGUGGGCUCGGUGCCGCGUGGUCGAGGCCUGGCCGGAGGCGGCGAGCCCGGACCAGCCGCUCCUCCUCUGGCGGCGCCGCGCAGUGUGUCCGCCUGUCGCAGGACGGACCCAAUACACCAUUACCUGUGAAACA